AUGGCCAUGGUGAGCGGGGGAUGGGGCAACCCCAGCGGGGACACCAACGGACUGGGGGAGAAGGCUUACCUGAGGAGGGAGGAGGAGGAUGGCUCGCCCCAGGCGGGGAGCAGCGACGUGGACGUGGGGGACGAGGACAAGGCCUGCGUGGUGGACUGUGUGGUGUGCGGGGACAAGUCCAGCGGGAAGCACUACGGCGUGUUUACCUGUGAGGGCUGCAAGAGCUUCUUCAAGAGGAGCAUCAGGAGGAACCUCAGCUACUCCUGCAGGUCGAACAGAGAAUGCCAAAUUGACCAGCAUCACCGGAACCAGUGCCAAUACUGUCGUCUGAAGAAGUGCUUCCGGGUCGGGAUGCGCAAAGAAGCUGUCCAGCGGGGUCGAAUCCCUCCGUCUCACUCAGGCAUCAGUCCAAACUCCCUGUCUGGAGGAAUCGGAGGUACAGGUCCAAGUCACAUUGGACCCGACUACUUCAACGGGCAGCCGGUCUCAGAGCUCAUCUCCCAGCUCCUCCGGGCCGAACCGUACCCCAACAGUCGCUACGGCACCCCUUACACCCAGGCCCAGGUGCAGGGGUCUGCGAGCGGAGCCUCCGUCAUGGGCAUCGACAGCAUCUGUGAGCUGGCUGCCCGCCUCCUCUUCAGCACCAUCGAGUGGGCCAGAAACAUCCCCUACUUCCCAGAACUCCCAGUCUCAGAGCAGGUGGCGUUGCUGAGGCUGAGCUGGAGCGAACUUUUCAUCCUGAACGCAGCUCAGUCCGCUCUGCCUCUGCACAUGGCUCCUCUGCUGGCAGCGGCCGGCUUUCACUCGUCUCCCAUGUCAGCCGAGCGGGUCGUGUCCUUCAUGGACCAGGUCAGGGUUUUCCAGGACCAGGUGGACAAGCUGAACCGGCUGCAGGUGGACUCAGCCGAGUACAGCUGCCUUAAAGCCAUCGCGCUCUUUUCUCCUGAUGCAUGUGGUCUGACAGACCCGGCCCACAUCGAGUCCCUGCAGGAGAAGGCCCAAGUGGCCCUGACCGAGUACGAGCGGCUGCAGUACCCCAACCAGCCUCAGCGCUUCGGCCGCUUGCUGCUGCGCCUCCCCGCUCUGCGCGCCGUGCCGGCAAACCUCAUCUCUCAGCUCUUCUUCAUGAGGCUGGUGGGCAAGACGCCGAUCGAGACGCUGAUCCGAGACAUGCAACUUUCAGGGAGCUCCAUCAGCUGGCCUUACGCCCCGGGACAGUGACCUCACUCCUGUCCUCGUGGGCUUCAGAGGAAGACGGACCGAGGUCAGCCUCAGAGGAAUCCGAGCUCACAGAGAUAUCUGAGCACAUGUCACAAAUAAAACGGACACAUCUGAACACAGUAGGUGAUAUUUUUUACAUGAAACGUUGGCAGCACUUGUCAGAUUUGCUCUCACCUCUGGCUGAUCUCACUUUGUCCUGCUCUGACAGGACAGGGCUCUGAUUAAAAUGCUUUCUCAUGAGGUCACGCGCCUCGUCUACCUCCUCCCAUACGACCCCUAACGUGACUGUUUGAACCCAGGCUUUGUGUGUUCUCCCUGCUUUGCUGCGUUGUCCAAAGGAAGCCAUAGCAGCCAUGUCCAGGACAUCCUUGUAAAAGAGAUUAAUAAUCUCAAUGGAUUUCUAAAGGUUUAAAUAAAAAUGUUCACUUUAACAGUUGCAUAAACUGUAUAACGUGUUGCACGUCUGCUAAAUGAACUUUAAGCACAUUUCUUACACAGAAUAAGGUAUGAGCGGUGCAUUGUUUUACUUUAUGGUGUAUAUGUAAGAAAAUGGUUCAACAUUUAUGCAUAAAAAGCAGCAUAUUUCCAUAAAUGCUGAGCUUUGCUGUUCAAUAGCCCGCACUACGUUGCAAGUUUCCACCCUUCAGCAGUGAUGGGAAUGUACUCAAGCGCACCCUGGUUGUUCAGACGGUCACGUCCCUGUCAAACAUUAUUACCUCAUGUUUUCUACAUCUGAGACAGAUUGUAUGAUGAACUUCUUGUUUGUAUAAAAGGGAUCAACCAAGGCAGAAACAGAACGAUACUUCUGAAUAGGCAGAAAUGAACAAAAAUUGUCUUUAAAAUCUUUGAAAAUGGAAAGUAUAAGUGAAGCAGUGGUUUUUUUGGAUGAAUUUCUACAGCCUGGACAUUGUUCCCUUUCCCUGGAUGGAGGUCAUUUUCAAAUUAUUACUAUGUUGAAUAUCCGUGAGGUUGAGGAGUGAUAUAAAGAUGUGUUCAAAGACACUGGUACUUAAUGGUUCAUGGGGUUUGGUGCCAUGAACUUCAGCCCUAAGGUUUGUCUUGCCAAAUAAACUGACUGAAACAAGACAUUGCAGUGAUAAACAUGUUUUGGUAUGAAUUAGGUACUGAUCCCUAAGGACUUCUUCACUUCGUGUUAAUUUCUUGGAGUUUUAAUUUUAGUGAUUUGACUGUGUAGCUUCACAUGUUAAAGGAUCAUGUUUCUUUGACCAUGCCACAAUUAAAAAAAUUAAAAUCUAAA